AUGCUGCGAAAUCGUGAAUGCACUAUGGUACGGCAUAACAGCGAUGACAAAAUUCAGAACGAAAUGUCGAAGGAUUGCCGUUGUGGAGGAAGAAUGGUGCACAAUAUCAUUCAUGAAAAACUUCGGUGUAUGUAUGUGUGGGUUGCACAAACUUCGGAGAAAAAACCACGAACAUCGUCUAUAUCGUACUUGAAGGAAACCGACCUUCUCUCAAAUAUGCUGGCAAAUCAACGUGUUUCCGUUAGGAAGUUGGUAGUCAUGGAAGAGAUACGCAUGGUAUCUUCCGACAAGUUUUUCGUCAACAUUCGUCAUGAAGAUCGCAUGAUUGCAGAGUACAUCAGUUUAAGUUGA